AUGGUAGCCUUUGCCAACUUCACUAGUCCCACGACACCUCCAGAAGUCUGUGUGAUAAAUGAUCACAUGGUACCCUUUGCAGCAUUCUACAUCCUUAUCUUCAUUGUGGGUAUGGUUGGCUGCCUGGUGGCACUGUGGGCCUUUAUCCGUGGCCGCAUCGGCAAGAAAUGCAUGAACGUUUAUUUGAUUAACCUGCUAACCUCAGACUUCCUGCUCAUGUUGGCACUGCCCGUCAAGAUUGCCAUAGACCUUGGCGUGAAGUCCGAAAAACUGACCAUCUUCCACUGUAGAGUCAGCGGAGUCCUCAUCUACAUAAACAUGUAUGCCUCCAUUACCUUCCUAGCCUUUGUUAGCGUACAUCGCUACCUCCAGAUCACCCGAAGCUCCAAGCUCUUCCGACUUCAAGAAGUAGGCUUUGCUGCCAUGAUGUCGGCCGUGGUCUGGCUUCUCGUGCUCUUCAACAACGUGCCAAACAUGGCCAUCCCGAUUAAGGAACACGUACAGUACACUCCGGCGCUAACCUGCGCUGACCUGAAGGAGGAGCUUGGAAAGCAUUGGCACACACUUUCCGUGUCCAUGGGCAUGGCUAUUUUUCUGAACGCCACGAUGGCUGUGCUUCUCUCCAAUGGCUUAGUGCUAAAAAGGUUGUGGGGAAUGCGUGGGGGUAGCCCCGAGGAGCAGGCUAGCGCUCGAGAAGCCACUAACAACAUUGCCACGGUAACGGCCGCUUACGUGAUAUGCUUCGUUCCGUAUCAUGCCGUGCGGAUGCCCUACACAUUCACACAGACCCAGAAGGUUACGGACUGCAGUUUGAAACGACACUUGUUCCUGGCAAAAGAGUCUACUUUGCUACUAGCUAUCCUUCACCUGUGUUUUGAUCCGGUGCUCUACUUUUACUUUUGUCACUCCUUUAGGCGCCAGAUCACUCAGGUUUUUAGUAUCAAGAAGAACGCGGUAAACUCAGAUCUCACUCCCGACAACGUGCAGGCGGAUCAUCCAAAUCCAAUACCAUGA